GUUGGAGAGCAAUAUAAAUUAGUUCCCAAGUCCUUGGUUUUUCAAACUCAAAUUCCCAAAGCUUCAAUGAUCUCGAACCCUAAUGGCCCCAAACAGAGAAAACCACAUGGGUUCCUACUCCAAGAGCAAGCCACCAACACUAUCAAUGGGAGGUAGUACUAUACAAAGAACCAAAUCCGACAUUUCGAUAGAACUUCUGAGCAAAGAGUUAGCAGCCAUCGACAUUCAUGAAGACAACGAGAAGCUGCUGCCUCCCAUAUCAGAAGUCGAAGAGGCCAAAUGCGAGUGCUGUGGCAUGUCCGAGGAGUGCACGGCCGAGUACAUAAACCGCGUGCGAAACCAGUUUUCAGGGAAGCUGAUUUGCGGGCUGUGCGCUGAAGCUGUGAAUGGAGAGAUGGACAAGAACGGAGGGAAGAGGGAAGAGGCUGUGAAUGAGCAUAUGAGUGCUUGUGUGAAGUUUAAUAGGCUGGAGAGGACAAACCCUGUUCUGUACCAAGCUGAGGCCAUCAAAGAGAUUUUGAGGAAGAGUAGUUCUACUAGCAGGUCCAAAUCUAUGAGUUACAAGAGUGGUGUUCAGAAGAACAAUGGUGGCCUGGCGAGGAGCUCCAGUUGUAUUCCGGCUAUCACCACCGAAGAAGUUGAUGAGCCGCUACACUAGUAAAACCGAGCUAGCUAAUAGAAUUACGUCUGGAGUAAACUUCUGCUCGAUCAGCUUUUCUGUACUAAUAAUGUCAUAUUGUAACUGUUUGUGUUCAGACUUCAGAAUCACCUAUAUAUUAUGGCACAAGAAUAUUAUAGUGGCCCACUAUAGUAAAAAGGGCUGCCGGUGUGUGCUUGUAAUUGUAUAUAAUGUAAGUAUAAUUAACUA